ACUGAAAAGGAACAGGGUAAACUGGGUUAAACUGUUCAGAAGAAGUGUAGAAUGAAGUUUCUUCUGUUAGUACUGGUUCUGCAGGUCGCUGCUUCUGGAGCUGCUCCCCUGACUAACUAUUCAGGCCCUGAAGAAAAUGACGUGGUAUUUGCUCAAAGGUACUUGGUAAACUUUUAUGGCCUAGAGAUAGAAGCAACUCCAAUGACAAAAAUGAAAGUCAAUAGGGACUCCAUGGAGGAAAAAAUCCAGGAAAUGCAGCAGUUCUUGGGGCUAAAAGUGACCGGGCAACUGGACACAUCUACUCUGGACAUGAUGCACAGACCUCGAUGUGGAGUCCCCGAUGUUCAUAAUUUCCGAGUAAUGCCAGGGAGGCCAGUCUGGAAGAAACGUUUUAUCACCUACAGAAUCAAUAAUUACACUCCUGACAUGAAGCCUCAGGAUGUUGACUAUGCCAUCCAGAAAGCUUUUCAAGUAUGGAGUGAUGUGACCCCCCUGAAAUUCAGAAAGAUUAACGCAGGCGAGGCGGACAUCAUGAUAAAAUUUGCAUUUGGAGCACAUGGAGACUUCAGUUCUUUUGAUGGCAGAGGGGGAAUUCUAGCUCAUGCUUUUGGACCUGGACCUCGUAUUGGAGGAGAUGCACAUUUUGAUGAGGCUGAAAUGUGGACUAAAAGCUACAGAGGCACAAACUUGUUCCUAGUUGCUGUUCAUGAGCUUGGCCAUUCCUUGGGUCUAGACCAUUCCAAUGAUCGAAAUGCCAUAAUGUUCCCCAACAUAAGAUACACUGACCACAACACAUUUCACCUCUCUGCUGAUGACAUACAUGGCAUUCAGUCUCUCUAUGGAGGCCCAGAAAAACACAAACCCACAUCAAGUCCUGAUGGUACAGACACGGCUACUUGUGACCCCAAUAUGAGUUUUGAUGCUGUCACUACAGUAGGAAAUAAAAUAUUUUUCUUUAAAGACAGGUUCUUCUGGUGGAAGCUUCCUGAGAGUUCAGAGAGAAGAGUUAGUUUAAUUUCUUCUUUAGGCCAAAACUUACCAUCUGGCAUUCAAGCUGCCUAUGAAAUUGGAGCCAGAAACCACGUUUUUCUUUUUAAAGAUGAUAAGUACUGGUUAAUGAGCAAUUUGAAACCGCAGUUAAAGUAUCCUAAGAGCAUAUAUUCAUUGGGCUUCCCCAACUCUGUGACAAAAAUUGAUGCAGCUGUUUUUAACCCACUUUUCUAUAAGACCUACUUCUUUGUAGAUAACCAGUUUUGGAGGUACGAUGAGAGGAGAAAAUUCUUGGAACCUGGUUACCCCAAGUUGAUUACCACAUACUUCCCAGGAAUUGGCCCAAAAAUUGAUGCAGUCUUCUAUUCCAACAGACGCUACCAUUUCUUCCAAGGAUCUAAUGUACUUGAAUAUGAUGUCUUAUCCCAUCGUGUCACCAAAAGGCUGAAAAGCAAUACCAAGCUAGGUUGUUAGGAGUGAUAUAAUUAAUGGUGUUUGUCAAUUCACUUCAGUUUAACAAGUAUUUAUUGCAUACUUGCUAUGUGCCCAGUACCAUUACAUGAUGAUGUGUAUCAUAAGAUAAGGUAAAAUCUGUAGGCAGUAAAUAAAUGAUUAUAUACGUUAAGUGAUUAUAUAAAAUACACAAUGAUUCUUUGACUUUGAAAACCCGCAUUGUCAAUUUUUAUUGGACUCUACUGCUAAGUUUGAAAAGAGACACCUGCAAAGGUCAAAAGAAUAUCUUGGUUCCUAACAUCCUUGAACUGAGAAAUUAUAAUUAUUUCUCUGGUUUAACUAAGUCAAGAAAUCAUUAGUUUCUAUAACCAUUAAAAGUUUCAGCAAGGGUAUCAUUUAAAUUAUUUUGGAGUAAAAAAAGACUAUACUUAGAAUUUUAUAAUGAUAAUUAAUGAAAGUAAUAUAUAAGUUAUAUAAUUAUGGUCAUAAUGUAAUUUUAUUCUGUUGUCAGUGUUGAUUUUUCUAAUAUCUUUUAUAAUAUACAUAUUUUUCUCAAAUAAACACUUU